AUGUCUACAAUUCCAUCCUCGUUCAGUGCUUUGCUUCCCGGAGCUCACGUCGUCCAAUCCGUUGGGAAAACACUUCAGCGAGUGGAGACGGCUGCGGUGGCCUCGAGGCAAGCAGUCAGGCAGACCGUGGAUGGCGCAGGGCCGCCCGGCACCAAUGAGCAGACGAGUCCAGCCACAAGCGGCAAGACAAGGCCGACUUUCGACCUACUGCUCUCUGGAACGCGAUGUGCAAAGUGCAAGGUCUACCUGUAUCAGGCACCGUUCUCGCCGGCGGUUCGCUACGUUGAUGGGGAGGAGCUUUUCGCAGUGCCAGCCGGUUGGGCGAUACUGCGGACUCGAGGGGGUCUACUUCUGUGGCUGGAACUCAGUGAGGAUGCAAAUCUGCUGGAGGCCAUAAAGGCCAAGCAGGAUGGGUGGGGCUGA